AUGGACGACGUCACGUCCGACCCCACGACAUCAUCGUCGUCGUCGUUGACAGCGCCUCCCCGGCCGCGGCUCGGCUUCCUCAGCCUCCCGCCCGAGAUCCGCCUCGAGAUCUACGCGCUGCUGCUCGUGCUGCCGCCCUACUCCAAGUACGACCUCCCGCCGUGCUACCACCACCACCACCACCACUCCAGCUCCCACACGUCCUCACCACCAUCAACAUCAACAUCAAUAUCAACAUCAACAUCACAACAGCAGCAGCAGCAGCACGACCACCGCCACUACGCAGAAACCGACCGGCAGCGCCUCCACCUCACCGUCCACGCCUCCCUCCUCCUCACCUGCCGCCUCAUCCACGCCGAAGCCACCCCCAUCCUCUACUCCCUCAACACCUUCGUCGCCCACCCCUCCCUGCUCGCCUCCUUCCCGCGCCUGCGCCCCUGGUGCAGCCCCGUCCGCGAGGCCCCCGCCCUCGCCCUCGUCCGCCGCUUCCACCUCACGCUGCGCCUCGACUGCGACCUGCCCUUCACGCGGGAACGUGCCGCGCGCGCGUUCUCCGGCGCGGAUGAGCUCACCGUCGAGGCCGUCCAGUCCAUGUUCCUGGGCGUCGGGUGCGCGAACCUGCGCGUGCUGGAGGGCGUGCGCGGCGUGCGGCGCGUGAGGAUCAUGGGCAGCACGACGGGCUUUGAGGAGUAUGUGCGCUGGUUGGAGGGGUGUAUGAUGACGCCGGAGGGCGGGGAGGUGGUGGGCUUUGAGCGCGAGGAUGAGGCCAUGUCUCACCGCCUCAAUAUCCCCGUCUGGCCCGUCACCAUGAAGGAGAUACAAGCACACGGGUAG